UUUGGUGUCACCGUUAAAGCAUAUACAUUGUAAGUCUAUACGACGCAGUUUUAAAGUCCUCGCUAGACAUUUCUUACAGUGACUCGAGUUUGAGUUGAGUUCACUUGUCGGAGAGAUCCGAGAAGACAUUACGAUAAUGUCCUUAUCGCUUCCUUGUCGAUACGCUUUCUUAUCUGGUUCGAAUCCUGUCCGCAUCAGCAGAAGCAACAACCUCUGCUUCGCUGUACGGACUUCUCACCGGAAUGCUAAACAGUUCCCUCAACCUAUCCUCCUCCUCCGCCACGUCACCACUCCACGUCACCAAUCAGAUUGUAGAGCUCACGCGUCUUCUACCGAAUCGUACGAAGACAGCUCCUCCUCUACUACUGAUGGUUUCGAUGUCAGCAGCUUUGUUUCUGUCGCAGAGGUGCUUUGUAUUGUAUCCUCCGCCGUGGUCUCGGUGGUUCUCGCGGUGAACUACUUGGUGGUCGGCGAAAUCGGGAGGAAGGUUCUGUCUUUGGGUUUUGUCGGGUUGUUGGGUUCUGUCGCGUCUGGUUCUUGGCUUAGACGGCGGCAAUGGAUGAGGAUUUGCAGAGGAACGAGUGACGGCGAAGGGACGAACCUGAUUCGAAGGUUGGAGAAGCUUGAAGAGGAGCUGAAAACGUCGACCACCGUUGUUAGAGUUUUGUCAAGGCAUCUGGAGAAACUGGGGAUCCGGUUUCGAGUCACCCGGAAAGCUCUCAAGCAGCCCAUUUCUGAGACUGCAGCUUUGGCUCAAAAGAACUCUGAGGCUACAAGAGUGUUAGCUGCACAACAAGAGAUUCUGGAGAAGGAGCUUGGCGAGAUUCAAAAGGUUCUGCUCGCUAUGCAGGAUCAACAGCGAAAGCAGCUGGAGCUUAUCCUAACAAUUGCAAAGAACGGGAAGAUGUUUGAGAGUAGCAAGCAAGCAAGUGACUGAUGAAGGGAAAGACAACAAAGCAGAGGAACCCUCAACAUCCAAACAAAUGUUCUUUCACUAAACUGGCGAAUGAAAAAUGUGAAAGGUUCUUGUGUUGACAAGUUGUUCCUGGGAGCUCGUAAAGCCAAGAGCGGGAGAACACUAGAUAUAUAUAAAUCACUGUGGUUGGUUUCAUUGAUGUAUUGUCAUCAGUGUUGGUGGGUUUGUGUAGUCCACUUGUAUCUGAUUCUUAUUUCCCUUCUAAUAAUAGAGUUUAUUUUUAA